AUGCGAUUCCGCGUCGUGAAAUUCCGAAAUUGACCUCGCCGCCGGGACUGAGAUGGCGAUUGUGACCGGAGAUCGCUACCUGGAGAAGCUGGUCCAGUUUGUGGAGAAGCACGCCGGCUCUCUGAUCGACGGCUCGUUAGUGCUGAAGCUCAACCCAGCCGGCUUCCACUACGUCCACUCGCGCCUCGAGGCCUUGCACGAGCUCGAGAGCCUCCUCGCCGGCGCUCCGGUAGAUUAUCUCCGAGCCUAUGUUUCCGACCUCGGCGACCACCGCGCGCUCGAGCAGCUUCGGAGGAUUCUUAGGCUCCUUACCUCGCUUAAGGUCGUCUCGGUGCUGCCGGCUCCCGGUAGGGACCCCACGCCGCUGUCGUUUUGGCCGUUCGGGAGGCUUAGGGUUUUGGAGCUUCGCGGAUGCGAUUUGUCCACGUCGGCGGCGAAAGGUCUGCUCGAGUUGAGGCACACCUUGGAGAAGAUCGUCUGUCACAAUUCCACUGAUGCUCUGCGGCAUGUGUUUGCGAGUAGAAUUGCAGAGAUUAAGCACUCGCCGGUGUGGAACCGGUUGUCAUUUGUUUCGUGUGCUUGUAAUGGCCUGGUUCUGAUGGAUGAGUCUUUGCAACUACUUCCCGUAGUGGAAACUCUUGACCUGAGCCGAAACAAGUUUGCAAUGGUUGACAAUCUUCGCAAGUGUGGCAAAUUAAAACACCUAGACCUUGGUUUCAAUCAUCUGAGAACGAUUGCGUCAAUCGGUGAGGUCACCUCUCGACUAAUUAAACUUGUUUUGAGGAACAAUGCUCUAUCUUCAUUGCGUGGGAUUGAGAAUUUGAAGUCACUUGAAGCGCUUGAUGUUUCCUACAAUAUUAUUUCCAAUUUUUCAGAGUUAGAGUUCCUUGGUGGUCUUCCAUCUCUACAAAGCUUGUGGUUGGAAGGGAAUCCAUUAUGUUGUGCCAGUUGGUAUCGGUCACAAGUAUUCAGCUAUUUCUCUAAUCCCGAAAAAUUGAAGUUAGAUGAUAAGGAAAUCAGCACCAGAGAGUUCUGGAAGAGGCAACUAAUUAUUGCAAGUAGACAGAAGCGACCUGCAAGCUUUGGGUUUUAUUCCCCUGCAAAGUGUGAUGAUAAAGGAGAUGCAAGUAUCAACAGAAGAAGGAAAAAGGUGUCACGUCUUGCUUCCAUUGUAAGUGAAGAAGGGAGCACAUCUCUAUGUUCUGAUCAGGAGUCUGCGUCUUGUGACAAUGAGAUUCAAAGCAGAGAAGAACUUGUUAUAUCUGAUGAUGAAGCUGAAAUUGUUGAUUUGAUGACUAGAGUAGAGCUAAUGAAAAAGGAGCGCUCUGUUCUUUGGUUGCGGGAGUUCAAAGAAUGGUUGGAUCAUGCUCCUGAGGAUUCUGUGGACAACAAUAGGCAUGGUGGGAUGACACUGCAUAGUGGCAAGGAAAAUUAUAUAAAAGAAAAGGCAAGCUGGAUGCAGCUUGGUGUCAACUCCAGAUUUAUUUCAGAUUACGCACAUUCCUCAGGAGAUGAGAGAAGUACAAAUGUUUUAGAUUCAGAUAGUUCUUUCUUGGAUAUGUCCACUGGUCUGCAUGCCCAUCACUUUGAUCAAAUUGGUUCCUUGGGGAAUGCUGGUUUCGCCAAGGAUACCCUAAAAGACAAUUCACAUGAAGGAACGAGUAAUGUCCCUUUACAAGCAAAAAGUUUCCAUGGUCACAUAUUCACCAGUCAAAAAGGUCGUAGGAUGGUGGAAAAUUUGAGUAUGUCGUUGAGUUCUAUAGAUGAUAUUUCUGAAUCUCGCUCAUCGUCUGUGUUCCCGGGAUCGCCACCUCAUUAUCAAAAGGACAUUCUUCAUCGUCGUCAUAACUUAGAGGAAGAAAUUUUACAGUUGUCUGCAGAGUCAUUUUCAGUGGCAUCUUCUGAUAGUAAUACGAGCUGCAGUGAAGAUGACCACUGUGAGUCUAGGCACUCCAUUCCUGAAGGUCAUCAGCUACUAAAUAAGAGUGUGGAAGAAAAUCUGUCUUCAGAUCCUUUUAGGUUGUAUGACAUGAGAUAUGAGGUUCCACCUGUAAGAGGAAGUGACAGGAGUUCAGUUGGAAUAGGUGCAGAGAAAAUUUCAAACUCAGACCAGUCGCUGCAAUCACAUGCCAGUGUUCCAGGUCACACUCAUGAUGGUGAGAUUGCUCAUUUUGUUGAUGAAGAAGGUGAUUUAGAGAGGACAAAACACAGACAGAAAAUAAAAAGAAGAGUUGUUACUCUACUAGAAGACGAAAUUAUGGUUAGGCAAGUAGAAACAUUACCAACAAUAAAUGGUAGUAUGGAAAAUCAUAUAACGAAACUGGAAGAUGAGCAAGAGAGUCGAUCUUUUUAUGGGGUUAACUUUGAUGAAGUUAUUGGUAAGAACCAGAUGGUGGCAAAUACAAGUAAUAUCCCACUUCCAAAUGAUAAUACUGGAUCUUCUGGGGCAGAGUGUUGCUCUUCAAGGAGUGAUGAAUUUAUUGAGGACUAUUUCAAAAAGAGUGUUGCAGACAUGGGAAAUAAUGAAAUUUGCAAGCAGUACAUACGCUGCUAUUGUAUACUUGAGCAGGAUUCCUUAUAUAGAGAAAGAGAAGUAGCUGUCUUGCUGAGCAGUGAAAACAAAGUGUAUGUGCUACUAAUUGGUACUGGAGGUGAUGGAUCAGGCACUAUCUUGAAUUUGCAGGGUUCUCAUAGUGUUGAAGACAUAAGAGAAGUGGUAGUUAGCUUAGGACUUCAGGUUGUGAGGGUGUUUUUCGGGGAGAGCGCAACCUACCUGUUUAAAACCAGAAGCAUUGAAAGUUCCAGACAAUUACUUUCGACUUUAACAGUUAUCGAUUCUUAUUCUCCAAUCGAUAAAUUUUGUUUGAGAAGUUUGGAGCAGGUUCAGGUCAGAUUGUUUGAGAAACAAAUAUGUGGAGGUUCUAAACUGAGCAUAUUCCAGUAUUCUAUGGUGCAGUUUUGGUGUAGUAAUGUUGAAGAUGGAUCAUGGCUUUCAAGAUCAAUAUUUGUGGCUGGAGAGCAUUUAUUUGUGUGCUUUGAAGACCUCAUGCAGUUUAGCUCUUUAUCAGUGGAUACGCCUCUACCUCCAUAUUUUUCACUCGACUUGUGUUGCUCCAUUGCUGACAUAUCUGAGCUGGUUGUCGAGACCAGGGAAAGUCGGUUUUUAACCAUAGCUGUUGAGUGUGCAAUGUCGGAAUUCUCCACACCCAAGGCUGGGAAAGAAGACCCAGGUGAAAAUGACAUAAACACAGCUUCAGGCUCUAUGACCUGGAAACUCAAGUGGUUUUCUGAAGAGAGUCGGUUCAAGUUUGUGGCAUUGUUGAAGGCAAUCCAUGCUGGGUUGACUCUUUCUCCUUUGUUGAUAAGAUGUAUAUCAUGACAUAAUUUUGUUUUUCUUUUACCCUCCGAUUUUGUUAGUUUCUUACCCUCUGGUUUUGUUAGUUACGUAUUCAUUUUAUUCUUUAGGCUAUUCCUUAUGAUAGGGUUUUGUUUUCCCAUUUGGUUGCUGAUAAUAGUGAGUCUAGGAAUUCUUUGAUUUGUAUCCAUUUAGCAGUGCUCUCUUGUCAUAUACUACUUUGUACAGUGCAAAGAUCAAAUGAAAUCACUCUUUCCCCUGUUC